GUUCAUUUGUCAGUAAUGAAGAAAUAAAAGGUUGAAUAAUUCAGAAUGGAAAAAAAAAUUAAAGAAAUUGAGUUUACACCUUCCUUAGUUAAUUUGACAUUUUCAUUACGGAUUUUAGAUGGGGAAGUAGUAGUCAUGGAUGGAACCUAAAACAAACGAGACCUUUAUUCCUUCUCCCUCUCCUCCCUCUCUCUCUCUCUCUCUCUCUCUCUGAAGACUGCAACUCGCAGCGAGCUGACAUGGGUGGCGAUGGCGGAGUUACUGGGGAACAAGAAGAAGACUCCUCACUCAGCGAAGAUUCCUCCCAACUCUCAUCACAACUUCUAAGAAAUGGUGUGAGCAUGAAUAUGGAGGAUGAUGCAGUGGAUGAACAAACUGGGCCGGGUUUUCGAAAAUUUUGCGGAGUGGGAAGUCAAAUUUCUUCCGCUUCUUUGGAUUUUGAAGCCGAUCAGAGGAUGGAAAAUGUUUAUAGGAAGAUUUUGCAGAGUUAUGAUGACUUGCGGAUUCGAAGCAAAGAUUUGGAAGAAGCCAAGAGCAAAAUCUUGAGCUACACCCCCGGUGCGUGGAUUGAUAGAGUAGGUGCUGUGAAACCGAGGGACUAUGAUGUGCCAAAUACAACAACACUUUUAUUGGUUGGUCCAAAAGGAUCUGGAAAGAGCAGUCUUGUAAAUAGAAUCUCGAAGGUGUUUGAAGAUGACAAGUUUGCCUCGGAAAGAGCCCAAGUAUCAUAUAAUUCAUCUCUUGGAGAUGGAACCUUUUUCCUGCAUGAAUAUAUGAUGCCAAGAUGUUCGAGUUCUUUUUGCCUUUAUGAUACUCGUAGUUUGUCUGAUAAUUCACCUGAAAACAUAAAAAUACUGAAGCAUUGGAUGGAACAUGGUGUUCGUCAUGGGGAGCUUGUUGUCAGGGAUUCAGACAGUCCAAGUUUGAGGAACACAAUGAUGUACAAAGAUCGUGAUGAUGGUUAUCUGUCCAGUGAGAUCAAGAACGUUAAUUUUGUCAUAUUUGUUGUUAAUGGCCUUUCAGUUCUGAAAUCAAUGGAAAGCAAUGAAGAUGCAGAGACACAAUAUACUGAAAUGAUCGCCUCAGCUUUCAAAUCUCGAUACUUGGCAUUUAAAGAUGAUAAACCCCUUCUUGUUGUUACACAUGGUGAUUUACUUUCACUUGAUGAACGUGCUCAUGUUCGUGUCCAUUUGGGAGAACUGCUUGGUAUUCCUCCUACAACUCAAAUUUUUGACAUCCCAGUAGAAAGCAGUGAUGCAGUAACUCAGUUGACAAUAGUUGACAUGAUACGCUAUUCGCUUGAGCAUGCCGAGAAAAAUCUUCCUCGUAAAAGAAAGGUCGAAACUUUCUCACUGUUAUCAUGUAUGCUCCUGCUAAUAUUCCUCAGCAUUGCCAUAACGAUCAUGUAUGCUCCUGCUAAUAUUCUUCAGCACGGCUACUGCCCUUGGCCUCAAGCGCAUAUUCAACAUUGCCAUGUCCCUUCACCGCAAGCACACAUUCACAAUAACCCCUCACCGCCUUCAUCCACUUCGCUCGAAGAGCAUAUUCAGCGUGAUCCUUCGGCGGAAGAGCAUAUCGACAAUAGCCCCUUGCCGAGAGUAGAACUUCGUAAUAGUAAAACGAAACUUCAGAAUAUCCGGAUCGACUGGAGUAAAAUCCGACACUUGUGGUUAGACGACAGGAUCGAAUGGAGUAAAAUCCGACACUUGUGGUUAGACGAAUAAGUUAAUUUGUUUCAGUGUCUUAUACUUCACUCCUACACGGUAUAAUCACGUUGUUCCGACACUUCUGUGUAUAUGCGCCUGUUAAGUGCUCAUGUUUAUAUGGUUUUGUAAUUUAUUUUCACUUUCAAUCUGUUUCGCUUGCAGCGAACGCCCUUGUUGAUAAUGUUGUUCAUUCUCUGUAUUGUAUUAAGAUUACUCAAAGUUCUAUUUACGCGUAUUUUCCGAA